AUGGUUCACUACAAACUCGUCUAUUUUCCGGUGAGAGCUCGCGCCGAGAUCUCCCGCCAGAUCUUCGCCUACGCCGGACAAGAGUUCGAGGAUCACGUCGUCACUUUUGAGCAAUGGCCGGCACUUAAGAAUCGUGAGUUGGAGCGAGGAAUGGACGGCCAAAAGUCGAAAAGUUCUACAAAACUCAAAGUGAUAGGCCACAAAUUUGUGUCGAAUCGUAAUGUUUUUGGCGACUAAAACACAAUCAAGUUCUGUUAUCAUUUUGUGGUCUCUAGGUAACGUUUCCAUGGUUUGUGCUCAUUUUUCUGUACAGUGAUAGAAACUUGAAAGUUUCCUAUCGGAGCUUAGUGUUUUCAUAGUUGAUCUUCAUAAAUUGUCUUCGAGCAUCAUGUUCCUUAAACGCAUAUUCAUGAACCGGCUAAGUUUGAGCUCAAUCGGACUUCUCAGGUCCGAGUACGGUAGCUCCAACCAGUGCGCCCCAAUACUGUACACUCAAGACGAUGUACCUCAACUGCCGAAAGAGAUAUCAAAAAGUGGUCAACUGAAAAAAUCUACAAAAUGUCUUAAUAAACAAUUCAUGAGUUGACAACUUGUUGAUAUCUUUACCGGCAGCCGAGUUAUAUUGUCUCAAACUUCUUCUUCUUCUUCUUCUUCGUUUCUCUCCUCACUUCCUUCUUUCAGACACGCCGUUCGGCCAACUGCCAAUCCUCGAAGUCGAUGGAAAACAGUUGGGACAAUCCUACGCGAUUGCGCGUUUCCUGGCCCAACAAUUCGGAAUUGCCGGCAAAAACGAGCUCGAAAAGGCGGAAGUGGACGCGCUCGCCGACCAAUUCAAGGACUACGCGAACGACGUGCAGCCGUACUUCUCCGUGCUCGCCGGAUUCAAGCCAGGAGACAAGAACGAGCUGAGAGCCGAAGUGUUCGUGCCCAAUUUCCAAAAGCAUUUCGCCUUUUUCGAGAAGAAAUUGGCCGAAAACGGCAGCGGAUUCCUCGUCGGAAACUCGCUCACCUGGGUCGAUUUGCUCAUUUCGCAACACGUGCAGGACGUGCUCGAGACCGAUUUGACGGUCGUCGAGCAGUUCGGAAAGGUUUUGGCGCACAGAAAGAAGGUGCAGAACCUGGAGAGAAUCAAGCAGUGGAUCGCCACACGUCCCGACUAUCCGUUCUAA